AUGGACACGUUGUCGUUGAAUUUGUACGACAACUUCCGAUGUUUUGACACCGUGAAUCUUAUUGAUUUUGUACAUUUUGAAGAGCUUAUAGACCACAUUCUACUGAACAUUGGCUAUAAGAACCACAUGGAUUUUCCUGUUCAGAAAGCAUCCAUUACUGUUGCGGGUGUUAUGGAUGUGCCCCAACAAGAAUGGAUGUUUGGAGAAUGUGGUGUAUUUAUGUUGAUGUACAUGGAGCAGCUUGUUUCAGGUCAACCGAUUGGUAUAUCGAUAUCAUUUGUUAUUGCUGCUACUCAGUUUCGCAAUACGAUGGGCAUGAUAUAUUAUGGAUCUUCUAGAAAAACGAUUUUAAAUUAG